AUGGCGCCGGUGAGGCUGGCACAGUGGCCGCGGAACGGGGUUUUGGGAACACGUGGCGAAGGGGGUUCUUCGGUCGCAUUCAGGAAUAAGAAUGUGAAACAGAGGAUAUGGCGGUCUAACAAUUCGCAAGCCUUCUUGGGGAGCGUUCGCGAGGGACAAGGCUUUGCAUUUCGGAGGAAACUGAAGAUUCAGCAAAAUUACAAGAAAUUGCUAUGGAGGAAAAAGAAGGCUCAAACGUCACCAGAAUCCCAAUUCAAAGAUCGAUACCCAGAUCAUCUGAAACAUCUCUACUUAGCUGAAGAGGAAAGACUCAGGAAGCAACUAAGAAAAGUUGACCAGCCUUCGCCUGAAGAACAGCAUAGCAUUGACCAGGCUUUGUCUGAAGAUCAGUGUAGCUUUGACCAGCCUCAGCCAGAAGAACAAUGUAGCAAGACAGCAAAGUCCUUUAACAUUCCAAAGAAAAAUAAAAAGAAAACAUCAAAUCAAAAAGCACAAGAAGAAUAUGAACAGGUACAAGCUAAGCGUGCUGCUAAGAAACAAGAAUUUGAGAGGAGAAAACAAGAGAGAGAAGAAGCUCAAAGGCGCUAUAAAAAGAAGAAAAUGGAAGUGUUCAAAAUAUUGAGUAAAAAGACUAAAAAAGGCCAACCAAACUUGAAUUUACAGAUGGAGUAUCUUCUUCAAAAAAUACAAGAAAAAAAUUGAAUCAUAUUUUUUUCCUCACAGGUUAAAAUACCUGCUGCCUAUUUAGUUCUUUCGUAUGUGUAAUAGGAACCUCCUAACAAUGAAGUUGAUUUGUCAACAUAAACUGGAUUGCUAAACUCUACUAAAUACAAAAUGUCCAAAUAUUUUUGUUCUUAUAAAAGAAACUUUUCUAUAUACGCUCUACAUAAUAUGACAUGUUUCUUAUUUAUUUGCCUCCGAAGGAAGGUUGGCCUGAAGAACUGAAAGAACCUUAGAUUUGGGAGACAGGCUCAAGCAUGUAGUACUUUUGUACCAUAUGAAAUUUGUAUGAAAUAAAAUGUUUUGAAAAUAAGGGAGCAGAGCUUCUAAUGAAGGAUUUCAGUGAAAAAUUUCAA